AUGGCAAGUGACAAAAAAUCCUUACAUCCGGCUUUCGCCGUUUCUAACAUCAAAGUUUUGAUUCCUUUUACUCUAGAUAUCAAACAAGAUGAAUAUUCUUCAUGGGUUUUCCUUUUCCAACUUCAUCUACAAGCACACAACCUCCUUUUUCUUAUUGACGAUUCCGCUCCACCACCAGAUCUUGAUGCUGCCACCAUACUACAACUUGAUGCCCUCUGCCGUCAAUGGAUGUUCUCCACCAUGGCCAAAGAUUUGAUGCUUACAGUUCUCAAAACUGGUAAAACUGCGAAAGAGUUAUGGAAUCAUCUUAAAAAUCUUUUCCAAGACAACAAAGGAAGUCGUGCCGCUAACCUAGAAAGUAAGUUCGUGAAUCUAAGAUUUGUUGAUUGUAACAAUGUUGAUGAUUAUUGUGAUAAGCUACAGGCACUUUCGAAUCGACUAAGUGAUCUUGAUUUUCCAAUGGAUGAGAAACGUUUGGUUAUACAACUUGUCAAUGGACUUCCGGAGGAAUAA